UUGACUUCUAUAUCUAGGAUUGGACGACAACCUUGCACGGGUGGCAGAGGAAAACUUCUCAAUGAACAACAAGAACAAGAGAUCUGUAACAUGGUGAUGGCAAAUAAUGCCAUCACAUUGAGACAGAUCCGUGCUGCAAUCCUACAAGACAAUGCCAUAUUCCAAAAUGUCAACUCUAUAAGCAACUUCACAAGAGACCGGAUAUUGAAGAAGCAUCAGAUGACAAUGAAUCAAAUUUACAGGCUACCAUUUGAGAGGAACUCUGAUAGAGUGAAAGAGCUGCGGUACCAGUAUGUACAUAGAAUAAUGGCAUUGGAAGGAAACGAGACCCAUCACAUCCUCGUGUUUGUGGAUGAAGCUGGCUUCAACCUGGCCAAGGGCCGAAGACGUGGCCAUAAUAUUAUUGGCCACCGGGCCACGGCGGAUGUCCCAGGCCAGCGAGGGGGCAAUAUAACUAUGUGUGCUGCCAUAUCUGUGAAUGGUGUGGCCACUCACAUCCCCAGUCUUGGCCCAUACAAUACACAGAAGCUCCUCAUCUUCUUGGACCGCCUUCAUUUUGAUUUGAUCCCUGAAAAUGAGAGAGGUCUCGUAGGGCCUCACCUACCACAAUAUGUCAUUGUAUGGGACAAUGUGAAUUUCCACCGUGGCCCGCUCAUCAGGGCCUGGUUCACUACUUAUCCAAGGAUGGUCAUGGUGUUCCUACCACCUUACUCUCCUUUCCUCAAUCCUAUUGAGGAGUAUUUCUCCGCUUGGAGGUGGAGAGUGUAUGAGCAUCGGGCUCAAGAUCAGAGGUCCCUGCUCCAUGCAAUGGACCCUGUGUGUGAGGAUAUUACAGGAGAUCAGUGUAGGGGAUGGUUGCGACAUACACGCCGUUUCUUCCCUCGUUGCAUCGCAAGGGAGAAUAUACGCUGUGAUGUGGACGAGAAUCUGUGGCCAGACAGACAGCAGCGUGUGGAUGGCCAGGAGGGUGAGGAUGGUGGCCAGGAGAGGGAGGGUGAAGACAGCGACCAGUGAAGAACUGUUAGUUGUGAAACUCCAGCUUUAUUUACAGCACUGUAGGCUGCAUAUCAUUUUCAUUGUUUUUUGUUUGUGUGUUUAUAUUACAGUAUAUUAUGCUGUAUACAUUUUCUUUUUACUCUGAUGUAUGGAAGUUACUUUAUGUGUGUGAAUGAUAAUGGUUACAAUUUCCUUGGCAGUAUGAGUGCAAUGUGUGAUGUCAAACCUUGGAGGCUACUCUUACCCUAAAAUCCUAUUUCUUUUUUUCAGUUUUAUACACAAUUGUAUUCUGUUAGCUGGACAAAAAACAGUACAGUAACCAUUGUCAAUGAAGGACUGGGCUAAGACUGAAAGGUGGACAUGAGGGAUAUUUCAAUGGUCCUCUGCCAUAGUGACAAAACAUCUAAACAUUUUGACUUGCAGUGCUUACACAAUGCCAAAGGGACGAAGCAUUUUGGGGGCACUGACUGUUUAAAUGAGAAGGAAAUUUAGUUUUGGUUAAAACACCAAGAGUGUUGAGAACGUCCGGUCUGUUUCAAGAAAUGAGCCAAAGCAAUUGAGAAGGAUCUUUGCCAUUUUCGUGGCACUGACUCUUUAUAUGGGAAAGGAAUUUAGUUUUGAAGCAUGAGUGAACAGUUUUAGGAGAGAUAUGAGCUUUUGCAAGUGAGCUAUAGUGUUGUGCUGAACUGUAAGACUGUUUUGCCAAAUGAUCUUAGAGUUUUGAGAAUGUAAUUUCUGUUUCAAGAAAUGAGCCAAACCAAUGGAGAAAA